AUGAAUCCGUACAGGGGACUAUUUAUAGUUGCCCUUGUGGCUUCGGCUGCGCUGAUCUUGGUUUCGGAGGCAAGAGAAAUAACCAGGAGAGAAGCAGCUGACGACCUCGUUGCUGCCGCGUCCGAUAAAGGUCACGGACACCAUUGGAAAAAAGGCGGAGGCAAAGAACACCAUACCGAACACCACAGCAGCCAUGGCGAAAAAGGAGACAAGGGAUACAAAGGCCACCAUCACCACGAGAAAGGCGAAAAGGGGCAUCACGACAAAGAGGGACACAAAAAACAUUACGAAGAACAAGGCGGACACAAAAAACAACAUCACCACGACGACGGAUACCACCACGAACACCACAAAGGCGAAAAAGGCGAGAAAGGUCACAAAUACGGCGAAAAAGGCAGCUACAAGAAGGGACACAGUACAAAAGGAGGUCACGACGUGCACAAGCUCGACGAAUACAAAAAAGAAAAACACUUCUACGACGAGGACCACGACAGCGGACACCACGAAAAGCGCGGCGGAUUCCACCACGAGAGCGGAUACAAGAAAGGCGGACACAAGAAGGGCGGACACCACCACGGCGGUCACCAUGAGUCCCACCAUGGCAAGAAGGGACACCACGAGAAAGGGGGACACCACCAUCACGAGAAAGGACACAAGAAAGCUGGCGGACAUGAAAGCCAUCAUCACCAUGAUGCGAAACAUGGCAAGAAAGGUGGACACGAAGGACACAAAAAGUGGGGGUUCAAAAAAGGACAUUAA